CGAAAGCACUAACAGCCAACAUGACGCAAUCGGGUACACCCGAUGAGGGCGAUCUCAUUGAAGGGCACGACCACACCGACCAGACACCUUACGAGAAUGUCGAUCUAAAGAACCACAAAACGCACCAGAACACUACGGUGUGGGAGGCCGAUGAAAAGGGCCUCAUGCACGGUGUAACCCGGCAAGUGACUAUUGAUGGCCGUGCUCAUGAGGGUGAGCAAACUGUCACACGAGCAUUACAAUCACGCCACUUGCAAAUGAUUGCUAUUGGUGGCACUAUUGGCACUGGUCUCUUUGUUGGCUCCGGAGGCGCGCUUGCGACCGCCGGUCCUGUUGGCACUCUGCUUGGUUAUGUCAUUGUCGGCGCAAUGGUGUACGCUGUCAUGAUUUCCCUCGGAGAGAUGACUACACUGUACCCCGUCUCUGGCUCUUUCACCCAUUACGCAACCCGUUUCGUUGAUCCCGCCCUCGGCUUCGCCCUUGGCUACAACUAUUGGUAUUCUUUUGCUGUCAUACUUCCCAACGAGAUCACUGCCGCGGCUAUUGUCAUUGGAUACUGGAAUCAAACCAUCAAUACUGCUGCAUGGGUAUCUAUCUUCCUUGUGGCAAUCAUCGCCAUCAAUUUUGUCGGUGUUGCUGCCUAUAGCGAGGCAGAGUUCUGGAUGUCAUUCAUCAAAGUCAUCACUAUUGUUGGACUCAUCAUUAUCGGCAUUGUCUUGGAUCUUGGCGGUGGUCCUAAUCACGAUCGUAUUGGCUUCCGUUACUGGAAGAAUCCUGGACCAUUUAAUCAGUUCAACGGUAUUCCGGGUGCGACUCGCAGGUUCCUCGCCUUCUGGUCAUCCUUCGUCCAGGCUGCAUUCUCUUAUCAAGGUACCGAAAUCGUCGCCGUCACCGCUGGUGAAGCCCAGAACCCGACCAAGACUAUUCCGAAAGCGAUCCGCCGUGUGUUCUACCGGAUCCUUUUGUUCUACGUGGGAGGCAUCGCAGUCAUCGGCCUUCUCGUCCCCUACACUAAUGACCAGCUUCUCAAUAACACAGGUACUGCCGCCGCCUCGCCUUUCGUCAUCGCCAUUGAGACAGCCGGCAUCACAGCCCUGCCAAGUAUCAUCAACGCCGUCAUCCUGUUCGCCGCCUUCUCAGCCGGUAACUCCGAUCUCUACACCUCGAGUCGCACCCUCUACGCCCUCGCAUUGGACGGCAAGACCCCGGCCUUCCUCCGCCGGUGUACGCGGCAAGGCCUGCCAAUCUGGUGUGUAGCCAUCACCUCGCUCUUUGGCUUCCUCGCCUACCUCAACGCGGGUGCCGCCAGCGCAGGGACCGUCUUUGAGUGGUUCGUCAACAUCUCCACCGUCUCUGGUCUCUUCGCAUGGGCCACAAUCUGCUUCUCGUAUACCUGUUUCUUCAACGCGGCCAGGAUCCAAGGUUUGGAUCGUAAUACACUGCCCUAUAAAACCCCUUUCCAGCCAUACGCCGCCUGCUUCGGGUGCAUACUCGCUCUCCUUAUCAUACUCUUCAAUGGGUGGUCUGUCUUCCUAGCCGGAAACUGGAGCACGGCAACGUUCAUAGCGGACUAUAUCGGUGUGCCGAUCUUCGUUGGCUUUUACCUCUUCUGGAAAAUAUACCAACGGAGCAAGCUUGUUAGACUCGAGGAGAUCGAUUUGCUUCGGGGAGGAGAGGGGUGGACGAGAAGGAGGAAGAAGAAUGGGUUCCGGUGAAGUGGUACGAGAAGGUCUGGGCUUGGUUAAUGUGAGUGAGUCACAUCCUGGCGGCUCGGUUAGGGCCGAAAGGAACGGAAUUCUGUGUACUUGCUGGACUGUUUGCCUCUUUUUUGUUGGGAGGCACUAUAUCGAAUGCCGGUUGAUCCAUAUCCUUCCCCUACGCCCCUCCCCCCGGGCCGAAUAGGCACAUGAGUAUUCAGGUGUUUGCAUUGUGCCCACCGAUGGGGCAAGUACGACGCGAAAGCGUCCGAGGAAGUAGAUGGUCCGUGGCCAGUGCAUGGUGCUCUGUGCCUGAUGCCAGACUUUGAAUACAUUGACGUGCUUCGAA